AUGCCCUAUUGCCAGCAAUCUCUCAACGAAGCCUCCAGAGCGAAUGCCAAUGUCGAUAUCCGUGAAACGAACGAUGGUAAAGGCUAUGGUCUGUUUGCCAGGAACAACCUGAGCAAAGGCCAGCAUGUCUUUCGUGGCAAAGCACUAGAGAUUCACAGCCAUGCUUCACCCCACAGCAUCCAAACCGAUUGGGAUAGACAUGUUAUUAUGGAUCUUCCGGCUAUAUUGGUCAACCAUUCCUGCGAAGCCAACCUAGGAAUUCGUCCCAACCUGUUUGGAGCGUAUGAUUUUGUAGCACUGCAAGAUAUUGACACUGGUAGAGAACUGCUAUGGGACUAUGAGACUGCUGAGAACGAGAUCACUUGCGAGUUUCAGUGCAAUUGUGGUGCUCCUAGGUGUAGAAGCACGUUAAAAGGUUUUCAUUUCAAUGGAAGUGCUCUUGUUGAAGCCUAUGGCGAGGAGAACAUUGCUCCAUAUCUGCUAGAGCAAAAGCCGCAAGAAAAGACUGCUUGA